CGAUAAUAGAGGAGAAAGAAAAAAAAGACAGUGAUUGUUUGUGAGAGAGAAAAGAAAAAGCAAAAGCAAAAAGUGGAAGGAAGAUCGAAAAUGGCGAGUGGAGGAGGCUACGGCGAUGCGAACGCCAAGAUAGACUACGUCUUCAAGGUGGUGCUGAUUGGCGACUCGGCGGUCGGGAAGUCACAGAUUCUAGCCAGAUUCGCCAGGAACGAGUUCAGCUUGGACUCCAAGUCCACGAUUGGUGUUGAAUUCCAAACUCGGACUCUCGUCAUCGAUCACAAGACCGUCAAGGCUCAGAUCUGGGACACUGCUGGUCAAGAAAGAUACAGAGCAGUUACAAGUGCAUAUUACAGGGGUGCUGUUGGAGCAAUGUUGGUUUAUGACAUUACUAAACGCCAGACCUUUGAUCAUAUACCCCGUUGGCUAGAAGAACUGCGUAACCAUGCUGACAAGAACAUAGUCAUCAUCCUCAUAGGAAACAAAUGUGAUCUUGUGAACCAGCGUGAUGUACCGACCGAGGACGCAAAAGAAUUUGCUGAGAAAGAAGGCUUGUUUUUCCUGGAGACCUCAGCACUGGAAGCAACUAAUGUUGAAUCAGCCUUCACAACCGUCUUGACAGAAAUCUACAACAUUGUCAACAAGAAGAGCUUAGCUGCUGAUGAAUCUCAGGGAAAUGGGAACUCAGCUUCUUUGUCUGGUCAGAAAAUUAUCAUCCCUGGUCCUGCACAGGAAAUCCCUGCUAAGAGGAAUAUGUGCUGUCAGGCAUCUUGACUUCAUUUGUAUUUUGUUUCAAUGUAGUCUAUUUGAUGGUUCGAUAUUCCUAUUACCAAUUUUUAAAGGCUUGACGCAUUUCAUUUAACAUUUAAUUUUAAUUUGUUUGGAUUGCUGAGUUAAGAACCAAAAACGGAGGUGGAUAUAGUUGCUUGGUAUAUAUAGUAUAUACAUAAGUUUCGUUCGUGGAUUGGUUUAACUUGAAACUUUGUUGUAUGUGAAAAUUUCAUGAUUCGUGCUCA